GUACAGUCAAUCGCAACAGAUAGGUAGGUAUAUGUCUCAGAAAUACUUAUAUCCCACCGAGGAGUACCACCCUUGCCUGGUAGAGGUGAGGUACCUUCAUUCCCCACAUCCCAACCCCAGCAACCGACGAACUCGGAGCUUCCGACUUGAACCAGUGGACAGUCCCUGGAUGGACAAUAUCUGAGAGGCAGGAGUUUCGUAUCCCACUUGCCACUGGCCCUGACAGAGAAUUAGCCCUGCAGCGGUAUUUUUCCAGGUGGCGAGACAGGAGUUAAGUAGAUCUACUACUCCGUACUGCAACCUCCAUAAAUAGGUGGACCCGGUUCUCCCCAUCCGCAUCGGUAUUUCUCACACUCCUCGUUUCUGCACGCAGCCUAGGGUCGUUCUCUCGUUCGGGUGGCUUUUCAUUACAAAAGUCUUCCCAGAUCAAACUUCCCCUCCUUCCAAUUUGCAUUUACAUCCACCACCCAAAAGAAAUCAACCAUGAAGCUCCUCUCUUCGCUCGUCUUGUUCGUGUCGGCCGUGGCAGCCAACCCCAUUCUUUCAGCCCGAGGGAGCAACGACGACCCUAAAUUAUUCCACUUGAAGACCUCGGGCGCAUCCAACCAGGACCACGACGGGCUCUAUGUGUAUGGCUAUCACACGGGCGCAGGCCUCAACGAUGCCGUCCUGACGGCCGACUUUAACACGGCCAAGCCGGCUUUCCUGAAUAGCUCGAACGUCCAGUUCGCUCUUGAUACUCCUUUUCCUUGGGGUAUCACUAUGCGUGGGGCGAAUAAUUAUGGCUCGUGGGAACCCGUCGAAAUCAACACGGGAUACGGGUCAGGCGCCUUCUCCAUCGAUGGGGACAACUUGAAAUGGUCGGAGAAGCAAGGUUUCGGCGGGUGGCUGGUAUGCGACUGGUAUCACAACGAGCCCCAGCUGUUCUACCUCUACCGCUUCAAGGAAGCUACCUCUCUCCCGAGUAGCUGUACCAAGGUCGACUUGAAGGUGGAGUACCUAUCCGAGUAGGUUGCCGAGAUCUUGCCACCGGGAGUCGUGACGCGUGUGGCGAGAUGUGAAUCGUGGAUGGGAGAUGUCUAUAUAAUUCGAAAAUGGUCAUGAAUGAUACGUGACGAGAUGAUGACUGGAGUUUGGAUUGAUUUUGGUUGACACGCGAACGGGCCGAUCGUUGGAUAUAACUGUGGCUCUGAUUAUAGUUAUGGUUAUGGUUAUGGUUUUGCUAAUUGGAUGCAACCUAAAAGAUAACAAGUCUAUACAAAAGAGAAUAAAAUGAUACAUACUGGACCCAAUU